ACGGCCACCAAGUUCAUGUGCCUGGAGGGCGGCUGUGGUGCCUGUGUGUGCGUUGUGCGCGAUGCCAACGGACCCAGAGCCAUCAACUCGUGCCUCAAACUACUGAAUACCUGCGCCCAGCUGGAGAUCGUCACUGCGGAGGGGUUGGGCAAUCAACGCAGCGGCUAUCAUCCCAUACAGAAGCGUCUGGCCAAGAUGAAUGGCACCCAGUGUGGGUACUGCUCCCCGGGAUUCGUGAUGAACAUGUACGGGCUGCUGGAGCAGCACCAGGGACAGGUGAGCAUGGCGGAGGUGGAGAACUCCUUCGGUGGCAACAUUUGCCGCUGCACCGGCUACCGUCCCAUACUGGAUGCCAUGAAGUCCUUUGCGGUGGACAGCGACAUUCAAAUCCCAGCCGAAUGUGCGGACAUUGAGGAUCUAAACUUGGAGGCCCGCAACUGUCCCAAGACGGGGCAGCCCUGCAGCGGCAGCUGUCAUCGUUCCACUUUGGUCUACGAAGAUGGCAGCCAGUGGCACUGGCCCAAGACCUUGAAGGAGCUGUUUGAGGCACUGGACAAGAUCGGAGAGGCAGAGGAGUUCAUGCUGGUGGCUGGCAACACGGCGCAUGGUGUCUACAGGCGAUCGACGGACAUUAAGCACUUCCUCGAUGUGAGUGGAGUGGAGGAGCUGCAUGGACACAGCACUGAGGGGCAGCAGCUGAAGCUGGGAGCGAACCUCAGUCUGACGCAGACCAUGGACAUCCUUCGCAAGACAUCGAAGCAGCCUGGCUUUGAGUAUCUCGAGGUUCUGUGGAACCACUUGGAUCUCAUUGCGAAUGUUCCCGUGCGCAAUUCGGGCACUUUGGCUGGAAACAUUUCGAUCAAGAAACAACAUCCCGAGUUCCCAUCGGAUGUAUUUCUCUCCUUUGAGGCAUUGGAUGCCAAGGUUGUGGCCAUGAAGAGCGCCACGGAGGAGCAGCAAAUGUCUCUGGCGGAUUACUUGAGCGAUUCCAAUAGGAAAUUUAUCAUCAAGGAGUUCCUGCUGUCUGCCUAUCCCAAGGAUAAGUUUAUCUACGAUUCGUAUAAGAUCAUGCCACGUGCCCAGAAUGCCCAUGCCUAUGUCAAUGCUGCUUUUCUGCUCGAGUUGGACGGCGCUUCAAAGGUGAAGAGUGCCAGAAUCUGCUUUGGUGGCAUUCGCCCUGACUUUGUCCAUGCCACAGCCCUUGAGCAGCUGAUGGUGGGGCACAGUCCCUACGAGAGUGGACUCAUAGAACAGACAUUCGAUACACUCCCAAGUCAGUUCAAUCCUGAUGAGGUGCUGCCCGAUCCCAGUCCGGCUUAUCGUUCGAAAUUGGCCUGCGGAUUGCUCUACAAGUUUCUGCUGAAGCAUGCCCCAGAUGCGGAGGUCGGGGAAAAGUACAAGAGCGGCGGUCAGCUUCUGCAGCGGCAACUCUCCUCCGGUCUGCAGCUUUUCCAUACCCAAAAGCAGAACUAUCCCGUCACUCAGGCAGUGCAGAAGUUGGAGGGAAUGAUCCAGUGCUCGGGGGAAGCGACGUACAUGAACGAUGUGCCGACCACCUCCAACACCGUUCACUGUGCCUUUGUGGGGGCCACCAGAGUGGGAGCCACAAUCGAUGACAUUGAUGCGCGAGAGGCGCUGCUGCAGCCUGGCGUGGUGGCUUUCUACUGUGCCAAGGAUGUGCCCGGUGCAAACACCUUCUCUGAUCCCAGCUUCGGCUAUCAGCCCGAGGAGAUAUUCUGCUCCGGACUCGUGAGGCACUCCGAACAACCAGCGGGUGUGGUCGUGGCCCUCACUGCCGAUCAGGCUCAGCGUGCGGCAGCGCUGGUCAAGAUUAGCUACAGUCAGGCCAGCUCCGACUUCAAAUUGUUGCCCAGCCUGAAGCAUGUCUUUGCCUCUGGCACACCGGAUCCGUCACGCAUCAUUGCAGUGGCCACAUCGAAGCUGAAGGAAGUGACAUUCUCCGACACACCCGAUAAGGAAGUUCGCGGCAUAUUCCAGAUGGGUCUGCAGUAUCACUUUACCAUGGAGCCACAAACGACGGUCGUGAUUCCCUUUGAGGAUGGCUUGAAGGUCUUUUCGGCUACGCAGUGGAUGGACCACACGCAGGCUGUGAUUGCACACAUGCUGCAGAUGAAGGCCAAAGAUGUGCAGCUGCAGGUUCGUCGUUUGGGCGGUGGCUAUGGCUGCAAGAUCUCCCGCGGCAAUCAGGUCGCCUGUGCCGCUGCCUUGGCCGCCUUCAAGCUGAAUCGUCCUGUGCGCUUUGUGCAGUCGCUCGAGUCCAUGAUGGACUGCAAUGGCAAACGCUGGGCCUGCCGCUCUGAAUACGAGUGCCACGUGCAGGCCAGUGGCAAGAUUGUGGGCCUGUCCAACGAUUUCUACGAGGAUGCUGGCUGGAAUACCAACGAGAGUCCGGUGGAGGGUCACUCCACCUACACGGCGGGCAAUUGCUACGAGUUCACGGACAAAAACUUCAAGCUCAGCGGCCACGAGGUGCUCACAGAUGCGCCCAGCUCCACGUGGUGUCGUGCCCCAGGCUCUGUGGAGGGUCUGGCCAUGAUGGAGAACAUCAUCGAGCAUGUGGCCUUUGAGGUGCAGCGGGAUCCGGCGGAUGUGCGACUGGCAAACAUCAGCAAGAAGACCAAGAUGGCCACGCUGCUGCCAGAGUUCCUGCAGUCGCGGGAGUACUAUGCCAGGAGGAAGGAGAUCGGUGCGCACAACGCGAACAAUCGCUGGACGAAGCGAGGUCUCGGACUGUCCGUCAUGAAUUUUCCCGUCAUUUAUAUUGGACAGUUUCCGGCUACGGUGGCCAUUUACCAUGUGGAUGGCACUGUUGUGGUCACCCACGGAGGCAUUGAAAUGGGACAAGGCAUGAACACAAAGAUCGCCCAAGUGGCUGCCUACACUUUGGGCAUCGAUUUGAGUUACAUCAAAGUGGAGUCCUCGGACACCAUCAAUGGCGCCAACUCCAUGGUGACGGGCUAUGCCAUUGGCAGUGAGAGUGUCUGCUAUGCGGUGCGCAAGAUCUGCGACACACUCAACGCGCGUCUGAAGCCCGUGCGCAAGAGCAAGGCCAGCUGGGUGGAGACCGUUGAAGCCGCCAAUGCGGCGCUGAUUAAUCUGAUUGCCUCGGAUCACUACAAAACGGGUGACAUGCAGAAUUAUCAUGUGCUAGGACUGGCACUCUCUGAAAUCGAAAUGGAUGUGCUCACUGGCAACAUUCUGAUGCGCCGCGUGGAUAUCCUCGAGGAUGCUGGCGAGAGUCUCAGUCCGUAUAUCGAUGUGGGACAGAUCGAGGGCGCCUUUGUCAUGGGCCUGGGCUACUGGCUCAGCGAACAGCUCAUCUACGAGGGCGACAAUGGCCGCCUGCUGACCAAUCGCACCUGGAACUACCAUCCACUGGGGGCCAAGGACAUUCCCAUAGAUUUUCGCAUUGAACUGGUGCAUAAUCCCAAACCCAAUGGCGCGGGUUUCAUGCGUUCCAAGGCCACUGGAGAGCCGCCCUGUUGCCUGGCUGUGAGUGUGAUAUUUGCCCUGCAGCAGGCGUUGCAAUCCGCUCGACAGGAUGCGGGACUGCCACGGGAGUGGCUGCGACUGGGGGCGCCAACAACGCCAGAGACGCUGUUGCUCAGCGCGGGCCAUGAGGUGUCGGAUUUUAAGCUGAAAUAGCACCCAAAUGAAUUGCUCUUCAAAUUAAAGUUUAUUCGUGCUUUGGUGAUGGAUCGCCGCUCUCAAAAUAAACAACAGCAUUGCCAGAUCUGCUACAACGCAAAAGCUUCAGUGAUUUUAUCGUGACCAGGCGGCACAGCUGCCAAAACACAGCAGCAAAAAACAGCUGACGAAUCGCGAACAAAAAAAGAAGGCAAAGAAACAAUCAGAAGCCAGAGCGCCGGCACGGCAAUCGCCAAACAGUUUUCACGGAGCAGCAGCUAAAACGAAAACGAAACGAAACGGAACGUAACGGAGCUGUGGAAGCGCGGAUAGACUGCAAUUAUUUCCGAUCGGCGAUUGCAAGGCAUGAAAAUUUAACCAAAUUAUUGUUAAUUUAUACAGAGUUCCCGUCAAACUGAUAUUUAUUUACGGCUGCCA